AUGUAUCCACUUAGAAAUUUUACUGAAAAUGAAAUUGAGUAUAUGAAGAACUACAAAUACCAAAGCAGAAACGAGCCUAUCCUAUACCAGCUCUUCAUCCAAAGUAUGUUUGAUUAUCUGCAUGUCUUUAUUCCAGACAGCAUAAUGCCUAACCAGUUGACAAUGGCAGGUCUGCUUUGCAUGCUGAUUAGUGUGUCCCUAACCGUCUAUAUGAAUCCCAAUCUUGUAGACAGACACAGAAGCCUGGCGCUGGCCAAUCUCAUUUUACUUGCUAUCUACUUUAGUACCGAUUUUGUCGAUGGAAUGCACGCUCGCAGAACAAUGCAGUGCAGCCCGAUGGGCGCAGUUAUGGACCAUGGCGUUGACUCAAUGGUCACCGGAUGUAUCAUUUUAUCGCUGGCGUCAUCUCUCAGGCUAGGCAUCAAUACCCUGAUUGUCUUCUUCAGCUACAUUGCCCUAUUUGGAUUUUACAUUGCUGGUCUGCAUAUCAAGUAUGCCGGGUAUCUUAAGUUCAAUGCAAUAUCUGGCCCGUCAGAGGGAUUAGUAUCUGCUAUGAUCAUUCAUGUGAUCUCAUGGCUUAGGCCAGAGUUUAUUGAUUGCAUGGCAGGCUUUGUGAAAAGCUCUAAGAUCAAUAAAUACAAAAGCAGGGUUCUAAGCUCGCUGUUAGCACUACUGACUGUUGGAUGGAUCUAUGAAUUGUUCCAUUCUAUUGCAGCAGAAAACAGAAGCCUGCGGACCAUGGAUGUGGUGAUAUCUCUGUCUGAACUGCUGUUUUUACUCUCAUUUCUGUCGUUCUUGGCCAUGAUUGACAUAUCAUCCAAUAUCCAGUUCUUUUACAAUUUUUUCUUCAUUCUAAUACAGAACUUUACAGUCUGCUAUGUUGAGGAGACAAUAAGCAGCAUGGCUGGGACUGCCACUGAUAUGAGGGUGUUUCUUUUCGCAUACAUCAUAUUUUCUGCACUAUGCUUCAGCUUUUCGUUCAGAAAGCAGUACAAACUCGCAGGUAUCUGC